AUGCCUCAGGAUCCGCAAGAGUAUUUAGAAGAAUACAUAGCUAAUAUCGACUCUGUACAUAAGGACAUCAAGCACGUCUUUACGGAAUUGCAGCACAAGGACUAUGUAUUCCAUGAGCUCCGAAGAGAAAUCGGAAACUUGGAUACGACAUUGAAGAAGAUGAUAUCAACAUCCGAAAACACCAUACCGAGCACCUCCAAAGCUUCGGGAUCUGCAGCACCGCCACCGCCGAACAGCACGUUGAAAACAGAGACCUCGGUUGAUUCUGACUCUGGCAAGGAAGCAACUCCAGAUAAAGGAGAUCCUGCUAAAAAGGAAGAGACUCAAGUGUUUGAAGAAGUUCAAAAGAAAUUCAAUGCAGCCCAGGAAAUUGCCAAUGAGAAGAUUCAAGAGGUUGAAAGAACUCGUCGCAUGAUUGACUCAUAUUAUAAAAAACUAUGUGACGACUUGAACCGUCUCACAGACACGAACACCACCGGCUCAACACGUCACGCUCAACAACACAGUCACAUAAACACUACACACAUAUCGCAUCAUUCAAACCCCAUACAAUCUACCAUACAUCCACAACAUCCUCCAAUCACACCUACUGCAUCGUAUGCCUCAUUAUUUGGACUGAAUUCAGCAACCAUCGGAGGCACAUUCAGCUCGUCAUUUAGUGGUGUUGAUGUAGCCAAUCAGGGUGAAGGCAACUCGACAUCUUCGCGAACGUCACAACCGAGAAGGUCUGAUGGACGGUUUGCGAGUGUGAAGGGAGGAACAUCAGGAGAUCACUCUGGUAGUACUAGUCCUGUAUCUGUACCGCUACCGAUUAUUAUGUUGCAAGCUGCUGCCGGCAAUUCAUCAUCAAACGUCAUUGAAAAACGCAAAUCCUCAUCAUCAUCUGCAUCAGUACAUGCCCCUCAUCAACAACAACAUCAACCACAACACUUAUCUAGUAGACCUCGAAAACAGAAAAAGAAAACUCCUGCCUCGGAUUUCGUGUAUGAAGAUGAAGUGCCUCGUCCUGAAGAACUCUUGGUACAAACUCAGGGAGAAGCCGAUGAUGCUCUAUAUUGUCAUUGCCAACAAGUGUCUUUUGGAAAGAUGGUUGCCUGUGAUAACGAUGAAUGCCCCAUUGAAUGGUUUCAUCUCGGUUGUUUGGGCUUAACGGAAGUCCCAUCAGGCUCAUGGUUUUGCUCAGUGUGCUCGCCGAAAAAGAGCAUCAAUCCUUCUUCCACAUCAUCUUCAUCCCUUCACCCAGACCAGAGCUACACGCCAGCUACCAGCCACAAGAAAGAAAAAUCUCAUAAACGACAACGCACUCAUUAA